ACAUUGCACUAUGCUCCCACAAGUAUGACAGUGCAGAUUAAGAUGGCAAAGCUGAAGGCUGGAGCACUGAAGUGUGUAACUGGAUUCUGGGAGGCAUCUGUGAGCUUUGCCUCUCCUCAGCAUUCUCACUGCCCUGUGCCUCAGUAGCUGUGCUUUCCUAUUGCUCCUGGGUCUCAGAGGAGGCACGUGUGUGGCAUUGCUCACAUUUUUGGAGCUCCCAAGGAAAAUACAGCACAUUUGGAGGCAUGUCUGAAUAGCUGUACUUGUUUGUUUGCUGGUUUUAUUUCCUUCAAGAAAAUGAGCUACAACCUUUUUCUCCUGGCUUUUGUCCUGGGCAUGACUGGAACCUUCCACUAUGGAUUGCAGGUCUCCAUUAUCAAUUCUCCUGCUGAGUACAUCCAGAGUUUCAUCCAUGAGACCUGGCUGAAGAGAUAUGGCUCCUCUCCCAGUGCAGAGAUGGUGACUUUGAUGUGGUCCCUCAUUGUGUCCAUCUACAGCAUUGGGGGGCUCCUGGGCUCCUCCUGUGCUGGGUUCCUGUGUGUUCGGUUUGGAAGGAAGAAGGCCAUGCUGCUCUCCAACAUCCCUGCUCUGCUGGGUGCAGCUCUGAUGGGACUCAGCCGGCUCUGUGGAUCUUUUGAGAUGAUCAUUGCUGGAAGGUUGUUUUCUGGAGUCUGUGGAGGUUUAACUCAGAAUGUCCAUAUCAUGUACGCUGGGGAAUGUGCCCCAAGGAAGCUCCGCGGGCUGAUUGCCAUAACAGCUUCCACCUUCUCUGCUCUUGGAAAAUUUGUAGGAUUUGCUCUGGGUCUCAGAGAAGUUCUUGGAGUGGAGGCUCUCUGGCCCGUUCUGCUGGCAGCCAAUGCAGUCCCUGUCCUUGUUCAGCUUCUCACCCUCCCCUUCUUCCCAGACUCUCCCCGCUACCUGCUCAUUGACCUAAAGGACAAGGAGGCAUGCAUCAAAGCUGUGAAGCAGCUCUGGGGGGACGGGGACCACAUGGCUGAGAUCAAUGACAUGAUGUCAGAGCAGAGAGCCAUCGGCGGCGAGAAGGCCAAGAGCGUGUGGGACCUGCUGCGGGACAGAGCCGUGCGCUGGCAGCUCAUCACCCUGCUCCUCGUGGUGUCCUGCAUCCAGCUGCUCGGGGCCAACGUGGUUUACUCUUAUGCAUACAGCAUCUUUACAAAGGCUGGAAUCCCCCCUGCUCAAACCCAUUAUGUCUCCCUGGGGAUUGGGACCACUGAGAUCCUCUCCACAGUUCUGUGUGGCUUCCUCAUCGAGCGUGCAGGGAGGAAGACUCUGCUGUGGAAGAACUAUGCUGUGAUGGCCUUGGCUCUAGGGCUGCUCACAGUCACACUCUCACUGCAGGACUCCUUUUUCUGGGUACCAUACUGCUCUGUUGCACUUGUCUUUAUUUUCAUCAUGAGCUUUGGCAUUGGGCCAGGUGGAGUCGUAUGCCCCUUGAUCACAGAAAUAUUUAUUCAGUCAUACAGACCAGCUGCUUAUGUAUUUAAUGGUGUUGUAAACUGGAUCCAGCUCUUCAUCCUUGGGCUUGUGUUCCCUUUCCUUGUGAAAGGUCUUGGCAAUUUCUGUUUCAUCAUUUUCCUGACCUACUGUCUGUCCAUGGCUAUUUUUGUACUCCUGGUGCUGCCAGAGACCAAAGGAAAGACCAUGCUGCAGGUCAAGGAGGAGUUCAACCGCCUGAACUACCGUGGAAAGAAGGGGCAGGCAGCCCUAGAGCAGAGCCAGUGCUCAGUGGUGACUGUCACUAGGCUCUAAGGACAAACCCUCCACUUCAUUUUUGCUCUUUUAUUACUGUAAUGCCCAGAAGUCUCAUUAAAUAAGAGAGAAUCCCCUAAAAAAUCACCUUCAGUACAAGGUGCAGCAUGAACUUGGUGGUUCUCUCCAGCUCCUGAGAUAUGAGCUGAAUUAAUUCCUCUGCAGAAAAAAUUAAACACAGUUUAUAGAGAAGGGAAGAUCUUUGUCAGUCCCUCCAAGCUUGCAGUUAUAAACUGAAAACACAGGAUCUGCUAUUUUCCUGGCAAAACCAGGACUCCACAAUUGGCAGAAGUGACUCUGGAAGGUCCAGAGGUACAGCAAACUUGCAAAGACAGAGCUUUGACACUGAAAUUGUCUGCUCCUAUUAACAAGACAGUGCCAAUGAGCUUUCCAGAGAAGAAGCUUCAGUUCACAGGAAAAGAAAUGUUUAGCUGUUUAAUCCUGUGAAAGAAGAGUGCCUUGCCUAGCAGCCUAGAAUCAAUAUGCAAUUUUCCCCAUGUUUACAAUCUUGGAGAUUCUUCUGCUGGGAAAAACAGGGCUGUGUCAGCACUGAUAGAAGGCAAUGAGCAGAGAGAGCAGAGGAGAGGAAAUCAGGAGUGGGCAAAUCCAGAGUGCAGAUUCUCCUUCUACACUGGCAGUGACUGUGCAGUGGAGAACACUGAAUUUCAGUGGGAUUGAGCCCUGAGAGUGACUGGUACUGAGGAGACUGAGAAGAGGGAAUUUAAUCCAUGUGUGUGACUGUUUGUUCUCUUUCCAGGUCUCUGAAUACUUCACAUUUUCAUAAUAAAACCUGGUAAAAUCUGUGUUCAUUGCUCUAUGACAUGACUUUUUUGGUCUACUUCAUACUUUACAGUUUUCUGAUAAGGAAAUAAAAGCAGUGACUAGGGAAACACA